GAUAGCAGACGACAUACUUUUAAAAUGUUACAACGUGUCUUUUAUGUGAUGAGCUGACCCGAAACCAAAAGUGUUUUGGUUCAUUUUGGCUCAUUUUUGGCGUCUUUACCGGGAACUUCUGACCCAAACGUCCUCAAUUCAAUAAAGGGAUGAGCCCCAAGAAGAACAACACACCCAGUGGUGUGAUCACCUUCCACACACCUUUUCCUGUUGGCCUGUUGAAAUCAGAGGAGUGCAUGGCAGGUGUGAAGGGCGCCACAGAGAGCAGAAAGACCCCCACUCAGCCGAGGGUGAGGACGAGGAGCACCGGUAAAAGUGUGAGAGCAGAGAAAAGGGAUGAGGCCUCACCCUCUGGGACACAGCCUGGAGCCAGACAGGACUGGCUCUCUCACACCUCCCUCAGACGAUUACAGGCAAAGAUGGAGGCUGAAAAUCAACAGGCAAAAGGAAUAAUCCAACCUUUACUGGAUACAGAAAAUGGCUUUAUGAAGGACUUGGAAAGGUUUCUGUGCCAAAAGGAUUUUACAGAGCAGAGGAGGAGGGAGCUGCUGUACAAGCACUGGACUGAGCGUGUAUGGUUUCCCCUCCAGAGGAGAGUGGAGGAACAUGUGUCCAGCUGCAGCCCUGCGGCAGUCAAAAGGCAGCAGAACUUAUACAGUCACUACCUCCAUCACUGCAACACCAAGGGCUUUGUGUUUCUAGAUACUUUUGAUCUAAGGGAAUACAAUCCGUUUCUUCUCCACAUCAAAAAGCCACACUACCUCAAGCCCAGUACAGCCGACGUAAAGGACCCAUUGUGCCUUCAGUUACAUGAAAGACUGAAGGAAAAGAGAAGAGCCUGUUCUUGUGAAGCAGGAUAUAAAUACACAAGGAGGCAAGUAGAGACGCGACCUCAGAGUGACAUUCUGCUACAUGCCACAUCUAAUCAUCCAGUCACUGCAUCCAGGAAAUCUCCAGUGGCGGAUGAGACUGAAGGAAGGAAGUCCAGCAGGUUCGACACCGUGCCGUACCACAUCAGUGCAACUGCCACACCAGAUGGAAGGUGCCAUCGGACCAGCUGCUUGCUCUCCACAUGUGGAUGUCUGCAACAAUAACUCCUGUCCUCGCCUACAUCCAAAUAAAA